AAGGUUUUAGUUGCAUUUUCUUGUUUUGGAAAGUUCAGUCGCUGCACUCUUCCGCCGCCGCUGUUCAUUACUUUCCUUAAUCAUUUGCUUCUGCUGCGUUUCAUCUCAAGGCUGAUUCUUCAAGAAUGUCAAAUGUUAAGAGGAUGAUGUCUUUUGGGGCGUUUUGGUUCUUUGAUGGAUCAGUGUGGUGUUAGCAUCACUGUGAGAUGAAGUUUGGUUUGCUAUGGUGCUGUUUUUGGGUUUCUCGUCAUCCACAUGAAGGGUAGAGAAUUUAGGAGAAAAUCAAACUCAGAUUUUGAAGUACCCAAUAGAGAAUCUGGACAUUCUGAUUCAGAUAUUUGGGGUUUUAUAACUGGGGUUUGAGAUGGUGUGGGGCUGUAGAUGACCUUCUUUCCAUUCCGAGCCCCUGCUUUAAGGGUUCGAGGUGCCUCCAAAACCUCCAUUGCUCAUUUUCACAAUCAUUUUGAAGGAGGAUCUCACCCUCGGCCCUUGGAAAGCAAUAGGGAGGCAAUCAGAAACGACGAAGCUUGGUUUGUGAAGGUUGUAAGCACCCUUUUUGUCCAUUUACACUCUUUGGAAGGUUGCAUUUGUUAUUUGAGGAAGAGCUUGACACCUUCUAUUGAAUUUGAAGUGGUUGAAAGGUUAAGGAAUCCAAAAUUGGGGUUGAAGUUUUUGGAGUUCAGUCGGAUGAAUUUGAACAUUGUUCAUUCUAUUCAGACUUACAAUUUGCUUAUGAGGUCACUUUGUCAUGAGGGUCUAUACGACUUGGCUAAAAUGGUUUUUGAUUACAUGAGGAUUGAUGGGCAUUUGCCUGAUAGUUCUUUGUUAGGAUUUUUGGUAUCAUCAUGUUCAAAAGCGGGCAAGUUUGAUGUUGCCAAGAAACUGCUUGCUGAGGUUCAAUCUGAGGAGUUAGGUGUGAGCUCUUUUGUAUUAAAUAACCUGCUGAAUAUGAUGGUUAAGCAAAAUCUAGUUGAGGAGGCAGUUAGCUUAGUUAAAGAGAAUUUGCAAUUAAACUCCUGUGUAGACACUUGGACUUUCAAUAUUCUGAUCCGAGGUCUGUCCAGAGUUGGAAAAGUCAAUGAGGCAUUUGAGCUUUUGAGUGAUAUGGGAAAUUUUGGUUGUCUUCCCGAUAUUGUUACUUAUAACACUAUCAUAAAUGGAUUCUGUAGGGCUAAGGAGGUACACAGAGGGCGUGAUUUAUUGAAUGAAGUUACUUCAAGAGUUGGUUGUAUGCCUGACAUUGUGACUUACACAUCGUUAAUAUCAGGUUAUUGCAAAUUGAGUAGGAUGGAGGAGGCCUCUGCUCUUUUCUAUGAGAUGAUUGCUUUUGGAACCAAGCCCAAUGAAAUCACUUUUAAUGUUCUUAUUGAUGGAUUUGGCAAGGUUGGUGAUAUGGCUUCAGCUGAAUCCAUGUAUGAGAAGAUGCCUUCCUUUGAUUGCAUUCCUGAUGUCAUUACCUUCACUUCCUUGAUUGAUGGGUAUUGUCGAAUUGGAGAAGUAAACAAGAGUUUGAAGCUUUGGGAUACAAUGAAUUUAAGAAACUUGUAUCCGAAUGUUUAUACUUAUUCCAUUAUUAUUAAUGCUCUAUGCAAGGAGAAUAGAUUACACGAGGCUCGCAAGUUUUUGAGGCAGUUGAAGUGCAGAGGUAUUUCUCCAAAACCUUUUUUAUAUAAUCCUGUCAUUGACGGGUUUUGUAAGGCUGGCAAUGUAGAUGAAGCUAAUAUAAUUGUGGCAGAGAUGGAGGAGCUGAAAUGCAAGCCUGAUAAAGUGACAUUUACCAUUCUUAUAAUUGGGCACUGCAUGAAAGGAAGAAUGUAUGAAGCAAUUAGCAUUUUUGAUAAGAUGUUAUCUAUUGGUUGUGCUCCAGAUGCCAUCACCAUGACUUCUUUGUUAUCUUGCCUUGUGAAGGCUGGGAUGCCUAAUGAGGCCUCUCGCAUAAAGCAAAUGACAUUACAGGACAGCUUGGAUAUUUCAUCUUUGAAAAGCACUUAUGCCUCUAGGGUAAAUAAGGAUAUACCAGUGGCUGCUUAAAAGAAAGUCUCCACAACAAUCAAAGUUGGUUUUAUGGGCAUCUUUGAUGGAAGACUCUUCCUCCAUGCAUGAAGCAUCAAAUGAAGCACAUCCAAAACAAGCUCAGAGUCAGUAGAGCAAGCUUAUACAAUUUUUCAGGCACCGGUGGAACCAGCAGUAGUUGGGAUCUGUCAUUGCUGCUCGGACAAUAUCAGGAUUCCAUCAAAAACGGUUUCUCUGCAAAUCCCAAGUGAUGAAGUGAACACUUGGCUUUAGAACUUUGGCUGCCGCAUAAAACAGAAGGGAUGCUGGAUUUUUGGUUUGGCUUUAGAAAAAUUAAGACGGGACGGUUAGAGAGUUACCUUCUUAGGUCAUUGUAUCAUUCAAUCUCCAACAAAAUCACUGAGGAUAACACAAGAUUUAAGCAAUACAUUGAUUUUUUUUCC